ACAUCGCAAUUACAUCGUUAUCGUCACAACGUACAACUAGUUAAGAAAGAAGUGCAGGCAAGUUAGGCCAAGUUAUCCGCGUGCUGUCCGAAAUUUUGCCGAUUAAUUUCUACAAAGUACUCGUGAUUUUGUGACUCAUUUUUCUAUUGAUCACUUAGCAUCUGAAGUUUAGUUUACCGUGAAAAUUUCGAUCCACUCGGCAUUGAGCAUCUAGAUGAGGAAACUUCCCACUAGCUGAGUCUUCCAGUAUAUCAGGAAUCACUCUUGUCUUCAGCAUCGGCCAAAAAGUCAUAACACAGCACAAUGAUUUACACUUGCAAGUGCCUGAACGUGGAGAUUCACGCAAAAUGCGUCAAGCUGGAGUCAGUUUAUGAACUGUUUCCAGAUUUGAUUCUGGAGAAAAACGACCCGUUCUUCAAAGAGGAUCUUGUAGGAAUUCAAUUUGAGAAAGUCAAUGUUCAACAAUGCAAUUUGGUCUCAACAAGGGAAUGCGGGUCUUGGAUUCUGAAUUACUGUAUUAAUUGCUCAACGAAUACCCAUGCUGUAUCUCUGGAAAAGAACACUGUAAUCCUACUUGUUCACAAAAGUCUCAUGCGCGAUCCAUCAGAAGUCUCUCUCCUAAGGUUAUCUGAAAACUUCUCUCCUGUCUUCAAUAUUAUUGUUGAUCCUGUGAGUGAUACUUUGUCUCCCAUUCCUGCCAAACUCUCUGUUUCAAAAUCACUGCAACCGGCUCUAGCUACACUCCACCGUCAGUUGGAAAACUACAUUCAGCAAAAAACAGUAGAAACAGAACAAACAAUUCAAAAAUUCAAGGAAGAACAGUACUUGAAACUGGAUAAUAUGAAAACUCUAGCUCUUCAAAACCACCAAGCUCUAAUGAGGGUACUAGUGGAAUCAAACUCAUCAUCAAAUAGUUCCUUUGAAUUGAGUACAGAAGACUGGCAACCUUUAAAUCCUGCACCUAGUAAAGUGGAGAAGCCUCAGGUCCUGAAACAAAGUUCGUCCAUUCAAACUCCCAGUAAAUCGGAGAUGAAUUUCUCACCAAUUAAAGGGAGUCAGCCAAUGGCUAUGGCUAGACCGAGAGUAUUGUCAAACUGUGUUGCUGCGUCGCUUGACUCAGAAGGACUUUUCACGCUGGAAGGGAUGGAAGACGAGAACACAAACAUCGAGCAGCCAGUUGCCUCUGAAGAUGAGCUGAGCGAUACUGACGAUUCAGGUAGCCAUGAUGAAGGCAUCCAUAUUCCCCGCCGAAGACUGUCCUCGUUUGCAAAGUCAAUGCCAGUCAACGUUCCAGUUUUCGAUUUUGAAGGGCAUGAUGACCGCAAGAAACUUAAUCGACCUAAAUCACCAGCCAAGCCUGCUGAGAUAGCUGCCAGCAUGAAAGCGCUCGCUAAAAGUGUUCAUGGUGACACCGUUUUCGGAGAUCUCCCACGCCCCAGGUUCAGCUCUCAGUUAUGAUAACCUUCAUUUGCCCUAAUCCGCAUCUGUACCUCUGUCCGCUGUAUCAACUUCUCGACCAUUUGCCUGUCUCACCCUAAGCUUCUACGUAAUUUGUCAGUUAAUUUGUGCAAGGUUCAGAAAUCAUUAUGUAUUUUAUGCACAAACCCUCUCCGAUAAAAAAAAAGACCAUGAAUUUGUAUUUUAGAUAGUAGUCAAAGAAUGCUGGGCCUCAGUCAAUUUUUUAAAAGUCCCAGGUUGAAUGAUGUGUUGACUUUUUUUUUCCUUUUUUCUGAAAGGAAGACUAGUGACAAAGCAAAUGAGAUAAUUUCACCUGAGAGGAUGUUAUCUCUAUCUAAGUUAUUCAAAUUGUACCUGUGUUUUAAAUAUUUCUAAUAUCCAUAGUCUCCCUUAACUUUCUCAGUCUGUGUUGAGAAAGCCUCUAGACUAAGGUGAAUCAGUUAAAUCCUCUGCUCUAAAAAGUUGCAGUAAAAAACCCUUGUUGGCAACAUUGUACAUGUCAAUUGUACAAGUAUGUAUUUCUUUUUUAUUCAAUUAAUUUAUACAUAGUUCUUUUCAUCUGAAGUAUGUCCAUGUAAUGACGUUGAAAGCAUUAUCGAUGAUGGAAUAGGAAAACAACUUGUGCGUUUGUGAUGUUUCAGAAUAAUCAGUCAUAUUAUAUUUUUAUCAGAGAUUGAAAAAGGUUACUCUUUACAAUUUCUCGUGUUCUUACUUAUCAAUCAGCCUCAAAGAAAUUAAAAAUUAGGUCUGUAGAAAUCUACAGCACUUCAGGUGAAGGUGCAAAUUUUUCUAGUUUUGCCUUUGGAAUGGUUAAAAAAGAAUUGCAGAUUUGUCUCAUAUUUUAGUUUCUGAAUGAGCAUUUGAGGAUUUUGAAGUAAACCCUUCCUUUUAUUUGUAAUUGGUGGUUAUUUUUAACAGGACAGGUCACUCUUAAUCAGUGAUAAUUUUCUUUCCUUAUGUGUAUUUGAGGAGGGCUCUUCAAAGUAUGUGCACUACAUUCUCAACUUUUCAAUUAUCAGAUUUCCUACAUAAGAUAAGAGAGGAAAGCGUUUGAAAACUUACAAUGAGUCUUGAAAAGCUAAUGUUUCAGAAUCUCAAGAGGCCUAAUUUUGAAUAAUUCAUAAAGAUUUUUCAAUACCGUUUUCCGCUCUGUAAGUCGGAAAGAGAGCUCCGUAUACCCUCGAAAAUCUCAGAUUUUGAAUGAUUUUGUCAUUGUAGACCAGGAAAUUCUGCAAGGAGACUCUUCUGGAAGUGUUUUAAAGUCACCUUUUCUCCUUCUCCUUCUUACUCAUCUUGAUAGGUGGUUGCAUUUGCUAACAGUGAAUCAGUGCCAAGCAAUUUUUCUAGCUAAAAAUACAUAUUUGCAUAAUGCAUAAUUUUUCAUAAACUGAGCUUCAUUUUCAAGUUCUCUUUUUUCAAUCAAGGUACAAUGCAAGCAUGAAACAAGGAUCUCUUCGGCUAUUUGAGACCAGACUAUCUGCUGGUUAUCAAUCAAAAUACUGAUAACAUACCCGCACAGGCCUGUAGAUCUCUUUAUGGCUGAAGUCAGCAUAAAUGAUAGUUCUAUACCGAAGUUUUCCUCAGAUGCCUCUGUAAAUCGCCCAAUUUUUUGCGACUCCUUGUGUAAAAUAAAUUAUAAAACUCCAAAAUGAUUAAAAAUCUGAGCUGCCAAGACUUCUCAUUUAUGUCCAAUAAUAUUUACAAGUUAUCAAUAAACUGUAAACCAUUGUGUGCGUUUUUCCAGCUUUUCGAGGCUGAACGAAUUCAUUUGUUGUGAGGAGUCACAGCAGAUUUGACAAUGCGUAGCAGAGUUCUAAUUUUUAGGAUUUUUCAGUCUCUUAUCAAUGAACAGCAGAUAGGCUGUUUUGACUGCAAAUCAACUAAUUUAUUAUUUUCAUACGCUUCGUAAUGCGUUCUGAGAUAAAUAGCACAACAUCAUUAGUACCCCCUCCCCCCCCUCAUAAAACGUACAGUUGGUACUACUUUUGUAUCCUUCUUGCACAUUUUCUAUGCCCAUUUUUAGUCCAUGCCAACCACCAGCCAAUGUCCCUCCAUUUUCUUCCGUUCAAAGAUAAACUGUUUUUUUGCCAGUCUCUCUCUGUAGAAUGUAUGCGUGAAUGUAUGCUUUUUCUAAUCCUACUAUCCCCCUUUUACCUAAAAGAUUAAGGAUGUUUCCUCCCGCAUUUACCGAACGCCAAAUUCCUCCUUUUUUCCCCAAUAUCCUCGAAUCGAUGAGCCUGUGCAACGCUUUCAUGCAUUUUUUUCUUCAAUUGUAUCCGUACAAUGGCCCCUGUAUCUAGAAAAUAUUUACAUUGAAAUAUUAAUAAGUUUAGGGCCUCAUUGGUAUUGUCUCAAUAACUAAAGAAUAAGUGAGAAAAACAAACAUGAUGUCCCUUGAAGGAAAGUAAUGUUUUUCACUGAAGAUAUUAUCUUUUAUCUUGUCUGAUAUCUUUAAUCGUAUGGCUAUUAUUUGUUGCUAUUUUUCGACAUCAGCUGUUAAUGGUGAAUCGACAUACUCCAUCCAUGGAUCAUACAUCUCUCGGAUGUAUAUCUAUUUGAUCGUCGUGUAGAAUCUUCUUAUUGCCCUCCUAUUUUUCGUGCAAGUAGCGGGAAUACUGUUGAGUUGACUGAGCCUUUAUCUGUCAGAUUUUCAGACCUUCAAUCUCCAGCAAGAAACUCAUAAGUGCACUUUAGCUUGAGUGAUAAUAUAACUUCUAUCGCUCUGAAAAAUAAAUGCCAUCAGAAUCGAACAUUCGAUGACACAUCCAGGAAAUCUACUUGUUAUCUUGCAUAAAAUGCUCCUAAUUUUAUGAAAGUUUCCCCCUCUAUUUCUUCUCAAAUUGGAACGUAGACGACUUUUGGAGUUUCUAAUUUUUUUUUUCUUCAAUGAAAUUUCAUCUAAAUGGCCCAUGAAUUUUAAUGAAAUACUUCGGUUCGCAGGAGUCUUGAGUAAACAAAUAUAUACAUCCUCAGGGGCGAUGACGAGUCUUUAUACUAAGUGGACCUUGAAGCACAAAAAUCUUUAUCAUCCUAAUUUGCAUUAUGAUAUAAUACUCGAAUAUAGACAAAACAACGGUUUUGCGUUUAACGUACUGAAAUUUGGUAUAAUCCUGUGACAUUCACCUAUGUAAACCAUGUCUCCAAUUUUGUACCUGAAAAAUUAACAAUUAGACAUUUUACAUGCAUGCACCACAAAAUUGCUUCCUUGAGUCUUCGGUAAAUCAAUGAUAAUUUAUUUAUUUUUUUAAUUUGAAUUGCCUGUGUUUGUUUUAGUACAUUUUUCAAAAUUAAAUUCAUAGUAGUUUUGGUAAACGAACUUGACUGUGGAAAAAUGUUAAGUGAUAUUGAUGAAUGUCAGUCAAAGUGAGCAAAUUUAAGUGGGUUAUGUGGGAAAAAACUGUUAAAAGAAUGUUUUUUUAAUGUUUGAUCAUUAAUUAAGGGGCAUUCAUUGAUUUUGUGUUGUCGUCACUUUCAUUCUGCUGUAUGAAAGGUUGCCUCUUUUAUUAAAAUAAAAAAAAAAAUCAUCCGAUUUCUUGUGUAAUCAUUUCCUCUACCAUUAAAUCUUAAAUUUUUACUUUUUCUGGACCAGAGAAUUGAAUAGAACUUUUUGGGAAAAUGAUCUCGAUCUACUUGGUUUGAAGAGAAUGCUGUAUGGAGAUUAUUCCAUUUUAAGUUCCUUUUUUAAUUUGUUUUAAUUUCAUUGACUUUAAUUACAUGCAUAUCUACCUACAUACUUGCGUCACUUAGGCUCAAACGUCCUCAGUUAAGUUACUUACAGUCAAUUUAUUUGAAUUUCUCUCGUAAAUUAUGACAUGUACUGCUCCAAGUAGACUGUCCAUCAUCACUCCUUAGGUAUCAAGCAUCGUAUCUAAUCAAACAAACUGGUGAGAUAUAAAGGAAAGUCUUCGCAUGACAAAUGUAUAUGUUGCUCUCUUAAUUCUUUUUUCGUUAUCUCCUUUUAAUCUUGAUGCAUCAAUGGUGAGCACAAAUCAUUUUGAAAAUGGGACUGUUUAAAAAAAAAAAAAAGUAAAAAAGUUGUAGUGCACAACAUUAAUCUGAUUCAAUUCUAAGACAUGUCAAGGCUAUAUUUUGUGCUGCUAAUUGCUUGUUCGCUAACCUGAUGAAUCUUUUCCAACAUUUCAUUCAUAACUGAUUAUCGCUGUAUUAUUUUUAUGGUCUCGUUUUUAUAAUAAAAGUGAAUUUUCUAUUUGUUUC